AUUCCUCAAUAAACAGAGAAAUUUAAAACAGAAUAGACAUUUCUUGCAAGAAAAUUGACACAGUAGUUGAACUAGGCAAUGUUCACAAUAUUUCCAUGGACAAGGAUAGAAAAUACUUAUUUUCAGAGACAAGCUUCAUGUUUGGAUAGGUUACUUAUUUUCUCAUUGUUUACUAAGUAAAUAGUAUGAAUCUACGUGUUGAAAGUCAUAGGGGUUUCAGAGGCCUUGAUAUAAAAAUCACAGCUUCCACCAGUUUCUGCUUGCUGACACAGACUUCCUAGUGGUAGGCAAAAUGGCUUUUCAUUCUGUAUUUCUGGUUUUCUUAGCUGGCCUGGCACUUCGCUCUGAAGCUGCACCACCGCACCCUUUUGAUCCCAAGUAUCCUCUUUUCGUAAAAGUUGUGGAUUCAGUCCGAGGAAGUCCAGCUUCAAACGUUCCAGUUAAAUUAUAUAAAGAAUCUGCAGAAGGAUCUUGGGAACUCUUAAGUUCAAAACAAACCAAUGACAAAGGAGGCCUUCCAGAGCUUACAACUAAAGAACAAUUUGUAGCAGGGUUAUACAAGCUUGAGUUUGAUACAGCCUCUUACUGGAAGAGUCUGGGCUUGAAUCCCUUCCACCACCAUGCUGAUGUGGUGUUCACAGCCAAUGAUGCUGGUAAUAGGCAUUACAAGAUUGUUGUUGUGCUUAGUCCUUUCUCUUAUUCAACUACAGCAGUUGUUAGUGAGCCAGUGGAAUAGAAGCUGACAUUAAGCAUGAAAAUUCAGUUGUGUAAAUUAAAAUUUUAAUAAAUGAUAAGAACUUGGUAUCUGACUGUAUUAACAGCUUUAGAUUUCAUAGUAAAUCACUAACAGUAAGUUUUUUAUUCACUUUGUUAACUUUAGGAAGAAAAUUUAUUGACUUCGUUUUCAAAUACUCUUCUGAAUACAAGUAUUCUGCAUUUCUGUAUUGUCAAUAUUGCCCUUCUGAGUAAAAGUUUAGGAUUUGAAAAAAACACAUGAACUUUCAGAAAAAAAAUGUAUUGAAAUUCCAUUAUGGGGACUCAAGAAUAAACCGAAAUCUUCCAUGAAGUUGAUAAACCAAAUUUCUUCUUGCAAAGGAAUUGAACAAAACACAUCUAUGAAAGGUGUCUCAUGAAAAGUAAGCAGACAGAAAAUACAAUCCACCACUACCAUCUCCUAUGUUUUAUUAAUGAAGCUCACAACAGAUGAUGUCUCAUGGGAUUACUUACUCAGGGCCCCACAUAAUUAUCAGACAAACUCACCUCUCAAUUCUGAUUUUGGAGACAUAGAAUUGAAAGCAGGUAAAGGUGACAGCAUUGUAGAACUGCAUUUAAAGAUGCUAAGCGCACUACACAUACUUAAAAUUCCUUCCUUCCUGUUUUCCAAUAUAUCAUAACUGGUGACACUUUCAAGGACAGACCAGAAGCCAGUGUUUCAGAAAAGUACAUUGCCCAAAUAUGCCUGAAGAAGCUUAUUCAUGUAUUUGCAGAAAAUUCUUCAAAUAUUGUCCCCAGUUAAAGUACUCCCCAGAAUUACUUGCAUACCUCAAACUAUCAGACACUUUUAUAGUAGCUGUAACAUGCAAAUAAAAAUAAGGAUAACUGAUGAAUCCUGAGAAAAUCACUUUCCUAUUUAAUGCCAGGAGAAAUGUGGAUUAAUCCUUCUAUUCCCAUUCUAGUAAUCCCUAUAUAGGAAAGAACCAUUAGGAGAUUCAACAGAAUAGCAACCCUGACUUGGAAAAGUGUGCAAGGUUGAGUCACUUAGCCUAAUAAAACCUAAAAAAAAAUUAAAAAGAUGCUGAAAGCCUAUAAACACACAGAAAGGGAAAACAUCCUGCUAGCCUAAGCAGCCUAAGCCUUGACCCCAUCACAGCCAAACCUGAUGCAUUUGGAUACGUGUGUCUUUUCUUUUUACUUUGGGGUACUGAGCAUUAGAAUAACGAGCAUUUUGUCUAGAAACAAAAAGUAAAAAUGAUAACUUUUCCACAGACUCUCAGAAUAAACAAACCAACACAAUCUUUAGAACAUUAUAUUUCAUAAAAGACAAUGAUAAAAAAGUACAAACAUUUUCAUGAACAACAAAAAAACCCAAAACUAUGAUAGUACACAGGAAAUUAAUUCCCAGCAUUUGCUUCAGUGCAUUUUUUUCAUUAAGCCUAUCUUACAUACCUCUACAAAUAAAAUAAUCUUAAGUACACUUCCACUUGCUGAUAUGCAAUGGAUCCUUUUAAUUUUUUAAAAUAGUUGGCUCAUUAGUAACCCACUACAACAAUUAGUAAACAUAACAAUAGAAAAAUAGAGUGGCAAGAUCCAAGAGAAAGGACAUUUUGCACUUGCUUUUCAAUACAAUGCCUAUUUGCAAAAUGGACUUUAUAUUUUUACAUACUCCUACUUAAAUUUGAAAUACAGAAAAUGGGCUUGAGAAUAACUUAGCAUAUUAACCAGAUUCUGCUCUUAAUAUUUCUGUAAUAUUUUCACUUGCUAAUCUGUAAGACCUUCAGAAUCUUGUAAAAUACUCCCUUCUUCUCCCUCCAUGUCACUCCUUGAAGACGUCUCUUAUUUGCCUAGUCAGCAAUGCAAAAGCCAAUGUGACUGGCUUCUCUCUACAUUUUACAAGAACCAUGAAAUUAUCAAAAGGAAUGUGCACAACACUUAGUUCUGCAUCGUAUUUAUUUUGUUUGAAGGCACUGUCUAUGUUAAAAUUCACUACAGAAGAGUACUGAGUUCAAGCAGGUAGUAUACAAACACUAUUUUGAUGUAAUUUAAGGUGGCAACUUCUAAAACUUCUCAACAAAAUGAUAAAAGGUAUUUAAACAAGAGUGUUGGUCAACAAUUCAUAAUUUAACAUCCAUCAUUUUGGGGCACCAAAAUGUAAACUUUUUAAGAACUCAGCUAUAUGUCACAAUCCAUUCACAUAUUGGUUUAAACACAUUUUUCUAGGACCAUACAUGAUCAAUCACUUAAAGCUGUAAAGUUAUAUUAGUCCAGCCACAGCAUAUGUGUAAUAUAAUAUGUAUAUAUGUAAGGAUAUAUACAUAUAUAUGCAUUAGAUUUUCUUUUUUAAUUGCACAUAAAUUUCACAGAAUGCCUAAGAGAUGGGCACAAAAGCAUGCUGCAGAAAACAGUACAGACCUAUGGUACCAAAAGAUAUUUCAUAAUCAUAGGUGUGAAAUUGUAGGUGAACCUGUACUGAAAACCAGAAAUCACUUCAAAAUUACAUGAGGGAUUAAAAAAUUUAUUCAACUGUUCCUAAAGGACUGUAUUAGCCUGCUAUGAAAUAAGACUAAUUGUAUUUGAAGAUAUAAUUGUUCGUACUGUGUAUUAUCUCUGCUUUCUCCAUAUGCUUCAGAAUGUUCUAUACACCCACUUAUAGAAAAAUCUAUCAGGAGGUGAGCAAAACACUUAAGCAUGCUUUUGAAGGGUGUUUUCAUCACUUUAUGCUUUUAGGUAUUUUUCAUUGUAUUACAUCAUUCCUAAAGCAUAUUAGAUUAACUGAUAGAUAUUAAGGUAAUUCCAGUAUGGCAUAAAAAAUCCCUUACAAUUGUUCUGAACUAUCAAAUUAAAUAAUAAUAUUUCUACUAAAUAUUUGGAUGCCUACAGCUAAGCUCAUAACAUUACUGAAGGAUGGCUAAGGGCAACAUUUUGCUGCUGGGAUGCCAAAGAAAUAACAAGUGUUUAUGGCAAACAAACUUAAAAUAUACAAAGCACCACAUUAUCUGAGGCAGUAAUUCAGGAAACCAACAUAUAGUAAUGACUCAAAGUUAGGAUUCUUUGUCAACACUCUUACAGAACACUCUAUGGAUAAAAAAUCCUUAUUAUAUAUACUGCUUUCCAUUCUUUAUGGGAGCAGAAGUCAGUCUUUGGUUCCUAAAGAGCUGAGUAACUGACAAACAAAACAGUUUAGUAUAUCUUGGUCACUAUAUUUGCGUUAACAUAGAAAAUAAAUGACCCGGUCCUUUUCCUUUGUAUUAACAAGCAAUGUAAAAAAAUAUAAGGAAAGAUAAUAAUGCUUAGCAGUGGGAUACUUCUAGGUAGCAUAA